UCGUCCACGUGACCGUACCGCUAGUCCCGCACAGGCUUGGCUCGCCUCGCUUAAUAUUCGCGCACUCACCACCGCAACACCAGCUCGACGAUUGAGAUUAUCGCGACAACAUCCAACUACUAACCCACAGCGUCACCCAGGUAUGCCGUCCCCCCAAUCCCGAAUCCCCUUGUGCGUUUACUGACUUUGAUUUCGUCUAGCUCUCUGAUUCAAAAUGACGAAGGGUACCUCCAGUUUCGGAAAGCGCCACAACAAGACGCACACCUUGUGCAGGCGAUGCGGCCGCCGCUCCCUUCACAUCCAGAAGCACACCUGCGCCUCAUGCGGAUACCCCGCUGCUAAGACCCGCAAGUUCAACUGGGGCGAGAAGGCCAAGAGAAGAAAGACCACCGGUACCGGCCGCAUGCGAUACCUCAAGGGCGUCACCCGCCGCUUCUCCAACGGCUUCCGAACUGGUGUGCCAGCCGGCUCCAAGGGACCCAAGUCCGACUCUUCGUAA